GGGAGUGGGGACGCCGCGGGACGCCACCGCCCCGCCGCCACUUUCCCCGCCGCACCUCCGGCUGGACAGGACUGGGCGGGGUGGGGGACAGUCGGUCGUGCAUUCAAAUCCCAGCACUUUGCCACCGCACCGCUGGGGCUGCGGAGUGAGGGGCGGAAAGUUCAGGGCAACUCCUGCCGCUUGGAUUGGGCGAGACCAGGACCGCACCAUCCCCUGCUGGGACAUGGAGUUACUGUCGCCGCCGCUCAGAGACGUAGACUUGACGGGCCCGGACGGCUCUCUCUGCUCCUUUGUCACAGCCGAUGACUUCUAUGACGACCCAUGUUUCGACUCCCCGGAUCUGCGCUUUUUCGAGGACCUGGACCCACGCCUGGUGCACGUGGGCGCGCUCCUGAAGCCCGAGGAGCAUUCGCACUUCCCGGCAGCUGUGCACCCAGCCUCGGGUGCGCGCGAGGACGAGCAUGUGCGCGCACCCAGCGGGCACCACCAGGCCGGCCGCUGCCUCCUGUGGGCCUGCAAAGCUUGCAAGCGCAAGACCACUAACGCAGACCGCCGCAAGGCUGCCACCAUGCGCGAGCGCCGCCGCCUGAGCAAAGUCAACGAGGCUUUCGAGACGCUCAAGCGCUGCACGUCCAGCAACCCGAACCAGCGGCUGCCCAAGGUGGAGAUCCUGCGCAACGCCAUCCGCUACAUCGAGGGCCUGCAGGCUCUGCUGCGCGACCAGGACGCCGCGCCCCCUGGCGCCGCCGCCUUCUACGCGCCGGGCCCGCUGCCCCCAGGCCGCGGGGGCGAGCACUACAGUGGCGACUCGGACGCGUCCAGCCCGCGCUCCAACUGCUCCGACGGCAUGAUGGACUACAGCGGCCCCCCGAGUGGCGCCCGGCGGCGGAACUGCUACGACGGCGCCUGCUACAGCGAGGCGCCCAGCGAGCCCAGGCCUGGGAAGGGGGCGGCGGUGUCGAGCCUCGACUGCCUGUCCAGCAUUGUCCAGCGGAUCUCCACGGAGAGCCCCGCCGCGCCCGCGCUCCUGCAGGCCGACGCUCCGCCAGAGUCGCCUCCGCGCCAGCAAGAAGCGGCCGCCCCCAGCGAGGGCGAGCUGGGCGCCCCCACCCCUUCCCCGGACGCCACCUCGCAGGGUCCCUCGGGCGCGAACCCCAACCCCAUCUACCAGGUGCUUUGAGGGGCGCGAUGCCCUCCCGAGGGAUGGUGCUCUAGGGUCCCUCGAGCCCAAAGGUUGAGUUUAAAUGCCACUCCUCCCAAGCGCGCUUUAAAAGCGACCCCUCCCGGGCGGGAGAGACCGGUCACCUGGAAAGCGUUCCCGCCCCCUUGACCGCAGCGCGAGGACGCUGCGGGUUUUCCACGCGGCACCUUUCCCCGACACUCACGCGAUGGCCGCCUGGGGUUUCUCGGUGAGGCGCAGCCACCCUUCAAGGGCCAGGCCCUUCCUUUUCCGUGCUGCCUCCAGCAAGGGGGCUGAGACCCUUGCAAAUCUACGCCCCCCCCCCCAUCACCACCACCACCACAUCCGGGUGUUUUUUAGGGGCUCGGCCCCUACCUUCCAGAGACCUCGCUACAUGCUACACCCACCUUUCCCCACCGCCUGCGGGGUGCGCUCCAGCCCCCCCUCCCACCCCGUCCCGCGGUUCAGGACCACUUUUUGUAAUACUUUUUGUAAUCUAUUCCUGUAAAUAAGAGUUGCUUUGCCAGAGCAGGAGCCCCUAGGGCUGUAUUUAUCUCUGAGGCAUGGUGUGUGGUGCAACAGGGACUUUGUAUGUUUAUACGGCAGGCGAGCGAGCUGCGGGCGCUCGUUGCGGGCGCUCGCUCGGGUGUUGGAAAUAA